AUGGAUGGUGUUUCCGAUGUAGUCGCAAACCUCAACCCAAUCGCACACCCAUUAGCCGAACGUAAGCUGCAAAAGAAGCUAUUCAAAACCAUCAGAAAAGCUUCCAAAGAGAAGCACGUCAAACGUGGUGUCAAAGAAGUAGAAAAAGCAUUAAAGAAAGGCGCAAAAGGUCUUGUGAUCUUGGCCGGCGAUAUCUACCCAAUCGACAUUUACUGCCAUCUUCCCAUCUGUGCUGAAGAAGCGGGCAAUCCUUACGUUUUCGUUCCCAACAAAGAGAGCUUGGGUGAAGCUGCAGGUACAAAACGAGCAACGUCAUGCGUGAUGAUCGUUCCCGGCGAUAGCGCACGUUAUAGUGAGGAUUACGAAACUAUUCACAAGGAAGCUCAGACAUUGGUAGAAAAGCUUAUUCUAAAUCUGGCAUGA